ACCGCGCUAUUAGGUCAAUUUCAAAUUUAAUAUUUAUAAUAACAUCAUAAAUUACUUCGUAGAUACUAAUCUUUAAUACAAUUUUAUGAAUCACUAAAAUUUUACCUUAUAGAAAUACAUAGAUAGACCAUAACAUGAAUAAUAUAUUUGAGGAAAGAAGUAGAGUAUGUGACUAUGAUGACAAUCGUGUUGCUUCUAGUUUCAGACGUCCCGAUGAUGAAGAUGAAGUUAAAAUACCAAAAAAAGUUUAUGGUGAAAAAAGUCCACUUGUUAACAAGGCAGUUCCUAAAACUAUAACAACAGCUCAACAAAUUGCUGCUGAGAGCAUAGAGUCUCAAAUACAAACUCAAAAAGGAAAUCAGUAUUUGGCUGCAUUAAUUGUUACUAUUGGAGGGUUCAUCAUGGGUACGACACUUGGAUGGACAGCUCCUGCAGGUCCAAUGAUGGAAAACGGUCAAUAUGGAUUCCAAAUUACUGUGGAAAAUGUUUCAUGGAUAGCGUCAGUCAUGCCACUUGGUGCCAUGCUUGGAUGCCCAGUUAUGGCUGGUCUAGUCAACAAAUUAGGACGUAAACAUCUUAUGAUAAUGUUAACCAUACCUACACUUGCUGGUUGGGCAAUGAUAAUAUGGGCCAAAUCUGUAGUAUGGAUUUGUGUCGGAAGAUUUUUAACCGGAUUUUCUAAUGGUUCAUACUCUGUUAUUAUACCUUUGUACACUUCAGAAAUAGCUGAAAAAGAAAUCCGUGGUACUUUAGGUACUUAUUUUCAAUUGCAAGUUAAUGCAGGAAUCUUGUUCACAUAUGUUAUGGGAUCCUAUCUCGAUGUAUUUGGUCUAUCUGUUGCUUGUGCAAUCAUUCCAGUAAUUUAUUUAUAUUUAAUGUUUUUAAUACCAGAAAGUCCAAUAUUCUAUCUUAUGAAAGGAAAUGUUGAAAAAGCUCGGAUAUCAUUGAAAUUUUUUCGUAAGCCUGUUGAUUGUGUAGAUCAAGAAUUAAAUACCAUGCAGAGUGCAUUAGCUAAAACUGAAAGAGAAAGAGUUCCAAUCAUGGAAGCAUUCCAAACUACACCAGCUAAACGAGGAUUGUUCUUAGGUCUUGGAGUUAUGGUUUUUCAACAGUUUUGUGGAUGUAAUGCUGUUAUUUUCUAUGCCACAACUAUCUUCAAUGCAACUGGGAGUUCAAUUUCAUCAAACACCUCCACAAUUAUUAUUGGUAUCAUGGCUGUAAUGUCUACGUAUGUAUCAACACUUGUUGUUGAUAAAUUGGGACGAAAAAUUUUGCUGUUGUAUUCUGUUGUUGCAAUGGGAAUUUGUACAUUCCUUAUUGGUGUAUUUUUUUAUGCAAAGGAAUCCCAUUACAAUGUUUCUUCUAUUGGAUUUAUUCCAUUGAUAUCAUUAUGUAUAUUCAUAAUAUUAUUUUCCAUUGGUUUUGGUCCUAUCCCGUGGAUGUUAAUGGGUGAAAUAUUCCCAGCUCAAAUUAAAGGUAUUGCCAGCUCAAUAGUUUGCAUGUCAAACUGGCUUUUUGUUUUCUUAGUUACCAAAUUUUUCACAUUAUUAGUAUCUGCUAUUUAUUUAUACAACACAUUUUGGCUAUUCACAUUAUUCAGUGUAUUGGGAACAUUCUUUGUGGUGUUUAUUGUACCUGAAACCAAAGGAAAGACCAUGGAAGAAAUUCAAGAGUUGCUUGGGGCUGAUCUUAUUCCACUAUUAACAGAAAAUCCCGGCGAAGCUGAAGGAUCAGAUGAAGCAUAUAAGACUGACCUCGAGGAAGUGUAUAGUGAACAUAGUCCUCUUGUUGAAAAAACACUGUAUCAAACUAUAAAUUUGCCUCAAAAAACAGGCUGCGAAAAAGCACAAUACAGAACUCAAUAUUUAGCCACUUUGAUUGUAACUAUUGGCGGGUUCAUCAUGGGCACAACACUAGGAUGGACGUCUCCAGCUGGCCCAAUGAUGGAAAAUGGGCAAUAUGGAUUCCACAUUACUGAGAAUGAUGUUUCAUGGAUUGCAUCAUGCAUGCCACUUGGUGCCAUGCUUGGAUGUCCAUUUAUGGGUGUUCUAGUGAACAAAUUGGGACGUAAACGUCUGAUGAUAAUGUUAACUGUCCCUGCACUCUUUGGAUGGGAGAUGAUAAUAUGUGCUAAUUCUGUGGUGAUAAUCUGUAUCGGCAGAAUUUUAACUGGAUUUGCUAGUGGUUCAUACUCUGUGAUAGUACCACAAUACACCUCUGAAAUAGCUAAUAAGGAAAUACGUGGCACUUUAGGCACUUAUUUUCAGUUACAAGUAUUUUCAGGUAUCUUGUUCACCUAUGUCUUGGGAUCAUAUUUAAAUUUAUUUGGUCUAUCUAUUGCUUGUGCAAUAGUUCCAGCGGUCUAUUUGUGUUUGAUGUUUUUAGUACCAGAAAGUCCAAUUUUCUACCUAUCGAAAGGAAAUAUAGAAAAAGCUCGAUUAUCAUUGAAAUAUUUCCGCAGGCCUUUUGGUCAAGUGGACCAAGAAUUAAAUAUAAUGCAAGAUUCUUUGGCCAAAACUGAAAGAGAAAGAGUUCCAAUCAUGGAAGCAUUCAAAACUACACCAGCCAAGCGAGGGCUAUACUUAGGCCUUGGGGUUAUGGUUUUUAUGCAGUUUACGGGAUGUAACACUGUUAUUUUCUACGCCACAACUAUCUUCAAUGCAACUGGUAGCUCAAUAAGUUCAAAUGCAUCAACAGUUAUUGUAGGUAUCAUGGCUGUUUUGUCUACUUACGUGUCAACACUUGUUGUUGAUAAAUUGGGACGAAAGAUUUUGCUCUUGUGUUCUGUUGUUGCAAUGGGAAUUUGUACAUUUUUCAUUGGAGGAUUUUUCUAUGCAAAGGAUUACAAUUAUGACGUUUCAUCAAUAGGAUUUAUUCCAUUAUUAUCACUGUGCAUAUUCAUAAUAUUAUUCUCAAUGGGUUUCGGUCCAAUCCCAUGGAUGUUGAUGGGUGAAAUAUUUCCAGCUCAAAUUAAAGGCAUUGCUAGCUCAAUAGUCUGUAUGGCAAAUUGGUUUUUUGUAUUCUUGGCUACCAAAUUUUUCACGUCAUUGGUGUCUAUUAUUCAUUUAUACAACACAUUCUGGCUCUACACUGUGGUCUGUGUUUUUGGCACAUUCUUCGUGGUAUUUAUUGUUCCUGAAACUAAGGGUAAGACAAUGGAUGAAAUUCAGUUGUUGCUUGGUGCUUAACCCGUACUGUUAUUACCAUAAAACUUUGGAUGUAAACAUUUUUCUUAUAACCAACUACUUAAGCUGUGAUGUAUUUAUUUUGUCUAAGAAGUUAUUACAUUAUAUUGUUUUAUAGACUUUUUAUAAGAUAAAUUAUGUUUUGUACAAAACUAUUUUAAAUUUAGAAUAUUCUUAAAUGUCUAACUAUUGUUUUAUAUUAAAAUUCUAUUUAAAGUUUUAAGGUAUAUCUACUUUAAGAUUUAUAUCAUACUAAAAUGUUUACAAUUUAUUAAACAUUUAUAUUAUUUUUACAAACAGAUUUAUUUUCAAUCUAUAUAGUAAUCUAAAUAUAAUACUUGUGUUAA